AUGCGUGCUGUUUUCCGGAAAAACAAAAUCGACAUGUUUGAGAUGAACAAGCUUCUAGGCAGACACUUAUAUAAAGAGGACGAGAUUUUGGCCGCAGACCUCCACCUGGGCUCUUCCACAGAAGACGAAGGCCACCGCUCUGAGGGCGACGAGGUGGGCGCUGUGAAGAAGGAGCUGAACAGAGAGGUGAAGAGUGAACCGCUGCCCGUGGCAGAGGAGCCCGCUCCGGUCAAAGAUGCAGACGAAGCAAAAGAUGUAAAAGAUGCAGACGAUUUGCAGCAACAAUAUUCCCCCUAA